UGUACGAUUAACCAGUUCUCCUGUCUUAAAACCCAGCUAAUUUCCAAAUUUCUAUUAUUUUUCGUAAAUCAUGUCGAAGUACGUGGCUAGAGUGGGACCCGCAGUCUCCAAGCUCGGGAAAUGGGCCUACAACAUGUCUGGAUUCAACCAAUACGGUCUACACCGCGAUGAUUGCCUCUAUGAGAAUGAGGAUGUGGCAGAGGCAGUGCGUCGUCUGCCCCGCAAGAUGUACGAUGAGCGCAACUACCGCAUCAUGCGGGCACUACACCUCUCCAUGACCAAGACGAUCCUGCCCAAGGAGAAGUGGACCAAGUACGAGGAGGAUAUCAAGUACCUGGAGCCCUAUCUCAACGAGGUGGUAAAGGAGCGCGAGGAACGCGAGGAGUGGAAUAAAACCCAUUGAUCUCCUGGUCUCAAUUGAGUUUUCAAUUUGUAAUGUUAAUACACCAAAAAU